AUGCUCCACAAACUCAACAUUGUUACACCGACGGACAGUCAAUUGGGUCUUACUACUGCAGAUGAACUAGAAAAUACAACGAUUCUAUCUGGUGAUGCUGAUAAUGAUAAUAAAUUUCGUAACGCACCGCGAAUACCACGAAAUAAAAUAGAUCCAAAUGACUUUCAAACUUAUGCUAUUGAUAACCUUCAACUUGACGAUGCUGAAAUACAAGAACUUGUUAUUGAAUCUGCACCUUCUAAACCUAUAUCUCCUUGGAAGAAAACAAGUGAAGUACCUCGUUGGCUUGUCUUAAUAUUUACGAAUUUUUUAAUUAUGCUUGUGAUUGCUACAUUUUGCGUUGUUUUUAUUUAUCAAAAAUCACAAGUGGGUCUUGAUGAAUUAUGUUUAACUGAUAGUAAUUGUAAUUCUCGUGUGGGUCUUAUGUGUACAGCGGGCAAAUGUUCAUGUAGUGCAGCUCAAUUUUGGAAUGGCCGUAGAUGUGUAUCACAACGAACAUUUAAUCGAAGUUGUACAUCAUCAAGUCAAUGUAACUCAUUAAUUAAACUUGCGUGUAUGAAUGUAACUAUUAGUUCAUAUACUGAUUUGCUCUGUUGGUGUUCAGCCUCUCAAUAUUGGACGGGUAGUGAAUGUGUAGAUCUCAAAACGUUUAAUGAAACAUGUUCAUCAAAUAGUGAAUGUCAGUUUACUGAUUUUUUAACAUGUAUAAAUGGUCGUUGUGAUUGUAAUUCAACUCAAUUUUGGGAUUAUGAAUAUUGUGAAAAUAAACGAUCAUAUGGUAGUCAAUGUUUUAGUAACUAUUGGUGUAACAAUGCUACUGCUGGUCUACAAUGUUCUACACAAUUACCUACUGCUGGAACUUGUGAUUGUUUAACUAAUCAAUAUUGGUGGACAGGAAACAAUACUUGUAUGCAACAAUUAUCUUAUAAUUCACCUUGUUCAUUUGAUUAUCAAUGUUUAACUAAUCUUUCUCUCAGUUGUUCAUCAUCUACAAGUCCUAGUUCAUGUCAAUGUGCAGACAACUAUUGGUAUAAUUCAACAAAAUGUACACCAAAAUUUCUAUCUGGUGCAACUUGUAGCAGUUCAAUUCAAUGUGAUAAUACUGUUUCAUUAUCAUGUAAUUUAACUGCACAAACAUGUACAUGUAAUGAAAGUAUAUAUGUAUGGGAUGGAACACAAUGUGUUGCACGUCGAUCUAUUGGUGGUGCAUGUUCAUCAAAUAAUGAUUGUCUUGCUAGUCAAAAUCUAGUAUGUGCGACAACAGGUGUUUGGAAUCGUACAUGUGCUUGUCCAACGAAUUACUAUUGGAAUACAUCAACUUCUUUAUGUGUAAUAAAAAAAUUAUGGUAUCAGCCAUGUGCUAGUUCAUAUGAAUGUUAUGAUGGAGGUUAUCUUAGUUGUCAACCAAAUGCUGCACUCAAUACAACUGUAUGCGAUUGUACCAAUUAUACCGAUUAUUGGACAGGCUUUCUCAGUAAUACAUAUAGUGAUUAUUGUACACCUAAGAUUAAUUAUGGUGUACCUUCAUUUACUUGUACAUCAUCUUAUCAAUGUAGAGAUUAUAAUUAUAUAACAUGUAAUUCUGGUCAAUGUACUUGUACUACAUAUCAAUAUUGGGAUGGAAUAAUGUGUGAAGCUCGAUUAAAUUAUUCAUAUCCAUGUAAUUCAACAUCAAUGUGUCGAAAUUGGGCAUCUGGUCCUAAUCUUCAAUGUCUUACUCCACCAAGUGGUGGCUCAACUACACAAUGUCUCUGUACUUCAACAGAAUACUAUGAUUAUUGUUUAGAUCGUUGUUAUUCAGCUAUAGGAUAUCAACUAUCAUGCAGUACAAGUUCAUGCUAUGCUACUUCAAUGUGUGAUCAAACAAAAUCCCUUUCAUGCAUUAGUAAUAUUUGUAAUUGUACAAAUACUCAAUGGUGGAAUACAGCAUCAUGUGUUGCAAAAGGUACGUACUCAGCGUCAUGUACUAUUGGUCAAAAUUAUCAAUGUCAAGAAUAUAAUCUUCUAUCAUGUAUUGGAUCACUAUGUCAAUGUUCAUCAGUUAUGUAUUGGUCAAGUUCAUCAAAUUAUUGCCUAUCAAAACAGAGUUAUAAUGGAGCAUGUUCAUCAACAAAUGAAUGUCUUACAGCAGCUGGAGUUGGUUUAACUUGUACUAGUGGUCUAUGCAAAUGUGCAUCAGGAUAUGCAUGGAGUUCGGCACUUCAACAAUGUAGUGCUGUACCGGGAUAA